AUGAGUGGAUACGAUAGUGCCUUAUCGAUUUUCUCACCAGAUGGACAUGUUUUCCAAGUUGAAUACGCCUCUGAAGCAGUUAAGAGAGGAACGUGUGCGGUAGGGGUCAAGGGCAAAGAUGUAGUUGUUCUUGGUUGUGAAAGACGCACCACACUAAAGCUUCAAGAUCCACGAACUACGCCUUCGAAAAUCCAAAAAAUCGAUCAUCAUAUUUUAUUAGCAUUUGCUGGCUUGAAUGCAGAUGCAAGAAUUCUUAUAGACAAAGCUAGAGUAGAGGCGCAAUCGCAUAGAUUGAAUUUAGAAGAUGCGGUAAGUGUUGACUAUCUUACCAAGUAUGUUGCUGGUGUCCAACAAAAAUAUACCCAAUCUGGAGGAACGAGACCAUUUGGUAUAGCCACAUUGAUUGCAGGUUUUGAUGAGUUAGACAAUGUCCCAAAAUUAUAUCAAACCGAACCCUCGGGAGUGUUUAAUGCCUGGAAAGCUCAUGCUAUUGGAAGAUCAGCUAAAACAGUAAAGGAAUUCUUGGAAAAACAAUGGAAGGAAGAAUUGACUGAAGAUGAAACGGUGAAAUUAACGGUCAAGUCACUUUUAGAAGUAGUUCAAACUGGAGCAAAGAAUAUUGAAAUUAGUGUAAUGAGACCAAAGGGGGAUAUUUCAAAAUUGACCCUUGAUGAGAUAAAAAAGUAUGUUGAUGAGAUUGAAGGGGAGAAGGAAGCAGAAGCAGAAAAGAAGAAACCUAAAUCAAAGGAAUAA